CGAGAACUUUUCUUUCGCUCCUUCGUUCGGUCGUGCGAACUGUGUGCUUGUUCUCUGCAUAGAGCUAAGGUCACAUCGACGACUUGCACCAAUUAUUAAGUUCCAUCCGAUCUAAAGAGACAAGAUUUAAACGGGAAAAAUGGCAACUGAGACUGAGCUCGCAUGCGUUUACUCCGCGUUGAUCCUUGUGGACGAUGACAUCGCCGUAACCGGAGAAAAAAUUCAAACAAUUCUGAAGGCGGCCAAUGUUAAUGUUGAAUCUUACUGGCCUGGACUUUUUGCCAAAGCUCUAGAAGGAGUAAAUGUUAAGGAACUGAUCACUAAUAUUGGAUCUGGUGUUGGUGCUGCACCUGCAGGAGCUGGUGCUCCAGUCGCUGCGGCACCCGCCAGUACAGAGGCUGCACCAGCCAAGGAAGAAAAGAAGAAGGAAGAACCAGAGGAGGAAUCAGACGACGACAUGGGCUUUGGUCUAUUCGAUUAAGCUCAAGGAUCGCGCUACGUUGGUCCAUUCCUUUUGUAUGUACAGUUAUAUUGUACAAUAAAUAAAACAUUUUGACAAAUAUA